AUGCCCAUCAAGAAGGUGACCGUGAAGGAGUACGACUCCCAGGAUGAGGCCAGCACCGAGCUGCUGGAGAAGCUCAAGCACCUGGACCGCCGUGUGGAUGCCGCCGAGGCGGGGGGCAUGGCCGGCGGACGGAGGCGGAACACCGCCUGCUGGCAGUCGGUCAAGUGGAAGUCGGCCCUCAAUCACAUCGGAUUGCUCGUCUCGCUGUCCAUCUACUGCGGCGUGGGCGGCCUGAUAUUUCGCCACCUUGAACGUCCUGCCGAAGUGGAACGUUUAUCCCAUUUAAAGGAUGUGGUCAAGACAAACAGGGAACGUUUUAUGGAUUCCGUGUUAAAUAAUACCGAAGUGCAUAAUCUGAGAGAGCUGUUAUCCUUUGAGCUGGCUAAGUACGAGGUGGCCGUUCAGCAGGCGGCAGAAGGCGGACUUUUAAUAGUCGUCGACAAAGACUUCCCAGAGCCAUAUGAGCGCUGGAGCAUCCUGCAAGCUGUGUUCUUCUCAUCGACUGUGUUAACCACCAUAGGCUAUGGCAAUAUUGUGCCAGUGACCACCGGUGGUCGGGUAUUUUGCAUUUGCUUCGCCCUCAUUGGAAUCCCAUUUACACUCACUGUGAUUGCGGAUUGGGGUCGCUUGUUUGCCACUGCCGUGUCUGUCUUUGGCAAACAUAUGCCCACCAAACCAAAAUUCACAAAUUUUAUAGGAAAAACCUGGUUCUAUGCCAUUCUGGCUGUGGGCUUCCUGGGUGUUUAUUUAGCCGCCGGAGCUGGUCUUCUUUUACUCUGGGAAGACGAUUGGACCUUCUUUGAUGGCUUUUACUUUUGUUUUAUAACAAUGACAACUAUAGGCUUUGGAGAUCUGGUGCCAAAGAAACCUAACUACAUGUUGCUCUGCACUUUGUAUAUUCUCAUUGGCCUGGCAUUGACCUCCACCAUAAUUGAGUUGGUGAGACGACAAUAUGCCACCAGUUGGGCCAAGCUGCAGGAACUGUCCGGACCCAUGGCAGAGACCUUGCGACGUCUGGGCGAAACUGCAGGCACGGGUCUUGACUACACCGCUUUGCAGAAAGUGCUGACGGUUUCCAUGCCCAAAUGGAAUAGCAACAAAAAGAGCGAUCAUAGUCCUGAUAUUGCCGCACUGGAGGCCAUUACCAAUGCCAUAUUGAAGGAGGUCAAGGAGGCGCAGAACAACAAGCCCAAGGUCCUGCAAAUCGUCAUCUACGAGUCCUCCGUCUAGGAUAAAUUAUCAAAAAGGAGUAUCAAGAGAGAGAGAGAGCUUCCAUAGAGAAAGUGCGUUAUAUGUAGCUUCGGGCAGAAAUUAAAUAAUAUCAAAAAGUAA